AAGCCAUAUCAAGAUAGAAAUUCAAAAGAGCUGUAUGCAUUCAAUAUCAGGCAGGCCAAAACACUAUGGAUUCAGCUGAUUGAACCAGGGUUGAGAUUUGACCAGUUAUUUACUGAAGGCGAAUUCCGCGAGGCUCUUAGUAAUUUUGAACAGCAACUUAGACAAAUUUGUAUUGAAUCUCCCGAGGCCAUAGAAGCGUUAAAGUAUUAUAAGGAAAACUAUUAUAAAUCAGCGAUCGACACUCUUACGAACCUCAAUGUAUUCAACGACAAACUGGCCGACGAAAUGAAAGAACGACAGAAACUCCAUGAACAAUACCUGGACCUUGCUAAGAAAGAAAUGGAACUUAACAACAAGUUGGAGGAGCGUGAUCAACAAAUGCAAACCAUAAGGGAAACAUUGGAUGCAAAGAGCGCAGAGAUUCAGAGAGCCAUAGAGCAGCAACAUGUAGCGGAAGUGAAUAUGGAAAGACUUAAAGCUGAGAACCAGAGAGUAAUAAAUGACGUGAGAAUCAAACAUGCGGAAGAUAUGGCAAGAUUACAAAGUCAGUUACACGCAGCGCGAAAUAGUGGGGGUGGUAGUCCGAUCCAACUUGUUAGAUACGAGAAAAAGGAUUCUGAUGAAUUUGGAAAGAUUCAUGUCGUGCCCGAAGCUUUGGAAAUAUUACAACGGAUAAAAGAGCCCGUAGCAGUAAUAGCCUCGGCUCGUACAGAAGAGGAAAGUCAUGUCGAGUGGCUAGGCUUUUCUUUGUCGGCAACCAAUCGUCUAAGUAUUUUACAAUUGUUUAGGUUCGCUAAUGCAUUGCAUGGUCGACAUGAUGGAUUUGAACUCGGAGCGCAAGCUAACGGCUGUACAAGAGGUAUCUACAUGUGGGAUAUACCUUUUGAUUACGAAGACAAAAGAGUUAUUGUGCUCGAUACCGAAGGCAUCGAUGACCCGAAACAAGAGGCGGAAUGGGCAACCAAGCUGUUCAUUCUUUGCCUUGUGCUUUCGUCGUCUUUUAUCUACAAUAUAAACGGGGUGGUAGGAAGUGGCGACAUUGGCAAGUUGCGUUUAAUGCGAGAUUUAUCCAGAUAUAUCCAACCUCCAGAGUAUCUACCCCAUCUAAAAGUUGUGCUAAAGCUAACGGUUCUCUCCCCAACAUCAACAGCUGCCGAAGGCAUUAAAAAAUUAUUCAAAGAAUUCAGUGUCUUUGCUUUACCUCACCCAGGAAUCGGAGGCAAGCGCCUUCAACAGAUGCAAGCAGUCAGCACAACCGAUCUUGAUGAUGAAUUUGUUGAAGAAACAGCCGAAUCCGUUAGGCAGAUAUACAAAAAACUCGAACCCAAAUAUAUAGGUCACCUGAAAAUGAACGGUUUAUCCUUUGCAAUGUUUCUUACUGAUUGUGUGGAAAAGAUGAACGACCCAGAAAACAAUGCUCAUCUAUCUAUUCCGAAUGAAUAUGAAAUCAUCCAAUACGUAGCACAAAAUAUGCGAGACAAGUGUCUUGGAAUAUAUCGAAAUUUUUUGGAGAUGAUAGCAGAGUCUAUACCGAUGUCUUGGAUUAACUUUAAUGCAAUGGAUCAGACGUUUUCUAAGCGCAUUAUGAAAAAAUAUGUAGGAGGCCUCGUUGGGACUUUAAAGCAAAUUGACGAGUUUAAGGAGAAAUUCCAACGCGAUAUGACAGAAGCUAAGAAGCCAUAUCAAGAUAGAAAUUCAAAAGAGCUGAUAUAUUCAAGAGCAGGCAGGCGAAAACACUACGGAAUCUAG